AUGGUAAAACUAUUAAAUCUCUUACUCAGUGCAGUAACAUUCGAAACAGCAGUAUACGGUUCCGAGGUCGAAUUUCGUAAAAAGACAGGCGGUGUUGCUUUUAUUGGUGACGAACUAAAUCAGACUCCCUUCCCACAAUGGCUUACAGAUUUUACAGGAAUGACACAAUGGCCAGGAUUGGUUCCACCGUACAUUCCUCUGGACUUUAUUGAUAUGGAUAAAAUACCGCCAUAUAAUCGUUAUCAACAAGGCGUAUGUGACGCAAAUCCACGUGAGGCGUGUUCUUUUGAUUGUGAUCAGUGUAUUGCCCAUGAUGAUGUCAGUACAUGUAGGAAAUUAUCCCAAACAUUUGAUGAUGGCCCUUCCCCUGCAACAUUAAAAUUACUUCAAUAUUUAAACCAUAAGGCUACUUUCUUUACAUUGGGUAUCAAUAGUGUUAACCAUCCUGAUAUUUAUCACGAAAUACAAGAUGCAGGUCACUUAAUAGGCUCCCACACAUGGUCACAUGCAUACCUACCAAGCUUGAGUAAUGAAGAUAUUAUUGCUCAAGUGGAAUGGUCUAUAUGGGCAAUGAAUGCAACUGGAAACCAUAUUCCAAAAUGGUUUAGACCUCCAUAUGGUGGUAUUGACAAUAGAAUAAGAGCCAUCACAAGACAGUUUGGGUUACAAGCCGUUCUAUGGGAUCAUGAUACCUUCGAUUGGAGUUUGGUCACUAAUGACCCUUUCAAGACUGAGCAGGAAAUCUAUAAUGACGUAGCACUAUGGAAAUUGAUAGAAAAUAGAGGAUUAAUCCUCGAACACGAUGGUGCUCGGAAAACUGUAGAUGUGGCCAUUAAUGUAUUAGAUUUAUUAGGGGAUGACCAACUAGCUGUAUCACAAUGUGUUAAUGGUAUCGACUAUAUUCGUGAAUUCUAA